AUGCAACAGAAGCUUGACAGUCUGUGGGAGCAGGUGAAUAAUGCUUGGGAUCACUCGGGUGGUAGGGGCGAGAUGGCAUUCACCAUGAAUGUGCAGUCAUCGUGUAAUGACGCUUUUGGUUCUGAUCAGAUCACAUUCGGUAGCUCUGUUAGGAAAGCCUUGAGUGCUAGUGGGGACGAGAUGCUCCAAUAUAAAUUUGCUAUCUCAAACCAAGCGGAACCAGAGGAGCGCCACAUGUCUGAUUUGUCAGAUUGGGCUUCAAGUGUCACAUCUGCUGCUGACAUCCAGAUGAACACCUCAGUAAUUGAACAAGACAGUUACAAACUCAAGCGGGACUGUAAGGAGAAAGAUGCCACCAUAAAGGAGCUAACCACUCUACUCCACUCAUCUGAUGUUAUUGGUUCGAAGAGGAUUGCAGAUUUGGAAGACAUUAACAUGAUUAUUACAAGACUAAAGAAGGACAUGGUUGUCCUAGAACAAAAGGUGGUGCACUUCACUAGACUUUGGAGAUCCUCCUUUCCUUCUUCAGACUCAAACUCAAACAGUGAGCAACGUCCACACUUGGCAGAAAAUCUGCUAUAUGAUAUGGAUAGUACGACUAGCCCUUCAUCUUCUGAUUCGGACUCUUCCCCUUCGAAUCAACCACAUGCUCUUGUUGCUAAAGUUGAGGAAAUUUCUGUUAAGAAUAGCUACUCUUCGUCUACAAGAAACUAG